AUGAUUUACAGAGAGUCAGGAUUAGAAUUUGCUGAAUGGUAUCAUGGAUUGUUGCCACGUCAAGAUAUAAACAUUUUGCUUUCUAAGAACGGUCAAUUUUUGGUUCGCGAAACUGAAAUCAAAAAGGGAGAGGGGUUUCAACUGGUGCUAUCGGUAAAAUGGAAUGAUAAGACAAUGCAUUUCAUUAUCCGGCAAGCUGAUGAAAAAUUUUUUAUCGAGAAACGCCAAUUUGCUUCUGUUUGUGAACUCAUAAAAUAUCAUUUGAUCACUAAAGACCCAAUAACUGAUCAGAGUGGUGCUGUGCUUUUGGAUGCCGUUCCUCGUCAGAGCUGGGAAAUAAGACAUGAACAGAUAGAACUUAAUGAAUUGUUGGGGGAGGGUGCAAUGUCCGCUGUUUACAGAGGUAUUUUCAAAGAUGAUGAAAAGGAGAAAGAGGUUGCGGUUAAAGUACGGAAAGGGCGUAGAUCAGACCGGGAGACCGUGGAACAGAUUUGCCGAGAGGCGCGUAUAAUGCGUAAAUUAGAGCACCCAAAUGUUGUUCGUCUUUAUGGGAUCGCGAUUAAUAAGGAACCAGUAAUGCUGUUGAUGGAAUUGUUAAAAGAUGGAAGUCUGGAUGUUUUCUUGGUAACAAAGGGCUCAACAUUAAGCAUUCGCGAAAAGUUGUAUUUCUGUUUAGAUAUUGCAUCGGGACUGGAAUUCCUUCAUAAUAAUGGGGUCAUUCAUCGAGAUAUUUCAGCAAGAAAUUGCCUGGUGGAAGAUAUGUGUGUUAAAAUUUCUGAUUUCAACCUGUCCCGAGAAAUUAGAAAACAAGAUGACGAGUACAAGAUGACGAGGCUGAAGCAGAAUUUGCCCAUAAGAUGGCUAGCACCAGAAACGAUAAGAAACGCAAUAUACACGACAAAAUCAGAUGUGUUCAGUUAUGGAAUAUUGCUGUGGGAAGUGUUUACAAAUGGUGCGGAACCGUACUGCGGAAUGACGGUCGCUGAAGUUAUUGUGAAGGUGAAGGACGGAUACCGAAUACCAUCGCCAGAUACGAUGCCAGAACGGUUACAGAUCUUGCAACAAAACUGCUUUGCAACGGAAGCCUCAAAGCGAUGGUCGAUGGCACAAAUUCGAGGGGAAAUCGAAAUGAUUGUUUACAAUUUCGAGAUUAAACUUUCAAGUACUUAA